AUAGACCCAAAAAUUUAGCAAGUAAAAUACACCCCUUGUAUUUAUUUUCCUCCAUUUUCCGGGAAAGCGUCCUACAGAAAUUCUGUUAGAAAAAAAAAUCCCAGGUGAGUGAGGUCGGUAAAUCUGAAAUGUUGAACGUAGAAGAAGAGGUUGAGCGACUCAAAGAAGAAAUCAAACGGCUUGGCAAGAUCCAAGACGAUGGCUCUUACAAGGUCACAUUUGGUGUGCUCUUUAACGAUGACAAGUGUGCGAACAUAUUUGAAGCAUUGGUUGGUACAUUGAGGGCUGCAAAGAAACGUAAAGUUCUGACUUAUGACGGUGAACUAUUGCUUCAAGGUGUUCAUGAUAAUGUUGAAAUCAUUCUCAAACCGACGCCAGCAGCAGCUGCAGCAACUUGAUGCUAUGACACAAUUAAAAGAGUGCAUUUGCUUCCAGCAAUUAUGGUUCUUGGAUAAGUAAUAUAAAAAUUUGUGUAUGAUGUGUGAUUGAGAAGCACUAUAUAGCUUCCCUUUUAUCCAUAAGCUUGAGGACAUAGACAAGUGAAACAGGAGCAAGAGUGCAUCUGCUCUAUCAGCAUCUUAUGUUUGUAUUAUUCUGCUAAACUUAAAAAUUUGGGUAAAGUAUUUUACUGUACUUUUAUCAAUUAGUAUAUGGUUGAAAUUUCGGAA